UGGAAGAGUCCGGCGCCAAAUCUAAAGUAUGUUUAUACACACAAGAUGUACGGGUAAAGUUUUGUAAGUCAGCCGUGUGGUGUAGAAGGACGGACAAUUCGUGAAUAAAUCCUCUAGUAGGAAAUACGUCCUGGAAGAAAACACCUCUUCGACUCCGAAGGACGGGACGGUCUCCUCUACCCAGAGUUCAGCAAGAUAAUCAGAAUGACUGCUCGCAGCAUGAACGAUCGAACACACACAGGUCGAAAAUGAUGUAAUUCCACGCUCAGACUUUAGAGAUAACGAGUGUUUCAGAAACCAGGUAUGCGCUGAACAACUCUGCUUGUUUUGAGGCUGAAGAUGUGGCUGAACUCGGAGCAGGUGGCUCUCACAAGCCUGAUGUUUGAAACCUACGUGACGGAGCAUCACAGGAACGACAUCCUGCAGAUCCUGCAGGAACCUGAUGAAGAUGCGCAUCACUCACUCGUGGUUAACGCUAUGAACUUAUUCGAAGCCAACAUGGAGGUUGGCGAGUAUUUCAACGCCUUCCCCAGCCAGGUGCUGCCCAUAUUCGACGAGGCGCUUCACGCCGCCGCGCUCGCCGUCUCUCGGUCCGAGCCGCCACCGAGCUCCUUCAGGAUGAAACGCAACCUGCACGUCCGCGUCUCAGGUUUGCCCGUGUGUCCCGAAAUGACCAGAGAACACAUCCCUAAAGCCCGGGACGUGGGCCACUUCCUGUCCGUCACCGGCACCGUCAUCCGCACCAGCGUGACCAAAGUGCUGGAAUACCAGCGGGACUACAUGUGCAACAAGUGCAGACACGUGUUCUCCGUGCAGGCCGACUUCGAGCAGCACUACAGCUUCACGCCACCCAGCCGCUGUCCCAGCGAGGACGAGUGCGGCUCCUUCAAAUUCACCUGCCUAGCUGAACGAGACGCCCCGCCGUCAUCCUGCAGAGACUACCAGGAGAUCAAGAUCCAAGAGCAGGUACAGAGGCUCUGCGUGGGCAGCAUCCCUCGCUCCAUGCUGGUCAUUUUAGAAGACGAUCUGGUGGACAGCUGCAAAUCAGGAGAUGAUAUCACGGUGUAUGGGGUGGUGUGGCAGCGCUGGAAACCACUGUACCAGGACUCUCGCUGUGAUGUGGAGAUUGUCCUGAAGGCCAACUACAUCGAAAUCAACAACGACCAGUCCACAGCAGCAGUGGCGCUAGAGGACUUUCAGAAAGAAUUUGAGGAAUUCUGGGAAAUUCACAAGCACGACCCUAUAGCUGGCAGGAAUCAGAUUCUGAUGAGUCUCUGCCCCCAGGUGUUUGGGAUGUAUGUGGUAAAGUUGGCUGUAGCCUUGGUUUUGGCAGGUGGAGUGCAGCGAGUCGAUGCCUCGGGAACGAAGGUGAGAGGCGAGUCUCACCUCUUGCUAGUGGGUGACCCGGGCACCGGGAAAUCUCAGUUUCUGAAGUACGCAGCAAAAAUCACGCCGCGCUCAGUCCUCACUGCUGGCAUCGGCUCCACUAACGCAGGUCUGACGGUAGCAGCAGUGAAGGACUCCGGAGAGUGGCACCUGGAGGCAGGAGCGCUGGUUCUCUCUGAUGGAGGCCUGUGCUGCAUAGAUGAGUUUAACAGCAUUAAGGAACACGACCGCACCAGCAUCCACGAGGCCAUGGAGCAGCAGACCAUCAGUGUAGCUAAAGCCGGAAUGGUGUGUAAACUGGAUACCAGGACAACGAUACUUGCAGCCACCAAUCCUAAAGGCCAGUACGACCCUAAUGUGUCCGUGUCUGUGAACGUAGCUCUGGCCAGUCCUCUCCUCAGCCGCUUUGACCUGGUUCUCGUCCUGCUGGACACCAAGAACCCGGAGUGGGACAAAAUCAUCUCCUCGUUCAUCCUGCAGAAUAAAGGUGUCCCGAGUCAGUCUUCAUCAUUAUGGAAUAUGGAGAAGAUGAGAGCGUACUUCUGCGUGAUAAAGAGGCUGCAGCCGCGCAUCACUGAGGACGCCAACUCCAUCCUGACCCGCUACUACCAGCUACAGAGACAGAGCGACAACCGGAACGCCGCACGCACCACCAUCCGCAUGCUGGAGAGCCUUGGCCGUCUCGCAGAGGCCCAUGCCAAGCUGAUGUUCAGAGAGAGCGUGACGGUGGAGGAUGCCGUAGUGGUGGUGUCUGUUAUGGAGUGCUCCAUGCAGGGUGGCGCACUGCUCGGUAAUGUGAACGCUCUGCACACGUCCUUCCCUGACGACCCCGGAGAGCAGUACAGAAGCCAGUGUGAGAUUGUUCUGGAGGGCCUGGGCCUCACACACAUCCUCGACAAAGAGCUGCAGAGGCUCUCAGGGAAGAAGGACUGCGGUGACGAGUCGUCCGGAGGUAAGCAUCCGAGUGACGCGCGCAGAGAGAGCGCAAACAGCGAUGAGACGUCUGCGUCUGACCCAGGCCUCGGCUGGUUUCACAGCUUAACCAGUCCAGCUGAAGGGAAUUCAGCAUUCCCGGCAUCUCCCAUUCGUUCCUCUACACAGUAUCUCACAGCUAAUACAACGUGCCCUAGUGUGUUGCCUAGCAACAGUGGCUCGGAGCCUGGCGAGGGCUCGGCGUGGGAGAAGCAGGCCGAUGAAGACUGCAGUUCAGUGGUGCAAAAGAUCUCCAAAAAGCUCAGGACCAAACGAUUGAAAGCGAUGAACACCGAGCGCUCGGAGAAGGCUGCGGACGAAAGAUUAAAUACCGAGCGGCCGGCAUCUCCACGCACGCUUCCGUGCCACAGCACGCCGAUGGUGGACAGGAAACGACCUUCUAAAAGAAAAGCGCAAUCUUUUAGUCCACCCGUGAUGGAACAGUCCGAGAGUGAAAAUCUACAGGUCGACCUGUCGAGCUUCACCUUCAGACCCAGAGAGAGGAUGACGCACACGGAUCAGGCUAGUGGGUCAAAUCUGGCUCCUACAACGGAUAACAAACGAAUUUCACAACCGAAACGAAAAGAGAAGGAGCACAACCAGUGUUGUGAGCAGCCAGCAGAGGGCAGCAGUGUGUGUAAGAAGCUCCGAACUCGAGUCCAGGCUGAAGUCGUCGGAGACAUUCCUUCUGAAAAGCCACGCGAGAGAGACGGAACAGCUGACGACGCAGCGCACAAACGCCAGCAACUCGUCCGCGACCUGAGCACCGCGCCUCCAAACCAGCCCGAUUCCUCCGUUCGGCCAUGCCAACCGAAGACUAAAGUGGCUUCCUCCACCCUGGCCAAGCUCUCCGUGUUCUCUUUUGUUCCCUCUCCUGAGGAAAAGACCAGCCAGAAUCUUACCACAGCUCCAACACAGGAGAACAACACGCCGGUUUCCAAGGACGACGCGAUGCCAAAAGAUGCCAGCGCAGCAGAAAGCGCACACACGAGCACUGUGACUGCGGAGCAGAAAAGCUUGACGAAUUCAGCCACAGAGAUCCGUCAGAAGACCGGCAGACCACACGCGAGGACUGAGACGUGUGAGGAACAAUCGGCGAGCUCCAGGAAGAGGAAGUGCUAUGAGCUGAGCUCAGCACGUCUUUUCUCUGGCCUGUCCUUCUUCAGCUCCUCUAUUGUAGAUGAUGAAGCUCUCGAUGUGGAUUGGGAGAAGGAGUCCAGCAAGAAAGUUUCAUAAUUUAAGAUAUCUGUAUGUACAGUAAAGUUGCAUUGAAAUUAUACUCCAGUCGAAGCUCUAUCCAGUACAUCUCUAGGUUAUGCAUAAUCACCACAAGCAAACACGAUUUCCUGUUUUGAGAGAAGCACAACCUCCCCCCGCUUCCUCCCCUGCCAUCACACCAUUACUACUGUUUCUCUGCACGGAAUCUACAGUUUCUUCUUCAUUUACUAACCUUUUCGCCAGCAGAUGCCGCAAACGUAAUGUGCCAUAAACAUGUUGACCCGUUAUAGCCUCCAAUUAUGCACAAGUUUGGCAUGAACAGGUUUUUCCUCAAUACAGGAAACGGUGUACGUUCUUGUCCCCGGUAAUCACACGUACACUACGGAUGCUGUGGAUGGAAAUGAGUCUAAAACAGACGCUUCCUUUAACGUGGAAAAAAACAAAACAUUGUAGAUAUGAACCUUGUCUUAUGAUGUAAAAUCUCUCUUGUUGGGUUAGGUGAAAUGAAAAGCUGGUCGAAGGGGGGGGGAGUAGUCUCCUCCUGCUGUUCUAAAGCACUGCCAAGUUAUGAAUCAACAGUAAAAAAUGCACUCUGUACUCCUUUAUCAGCAAGUAUAAUGCUCCUUUGUGCUCCCCUGUGUUUAGUGAUGAUAUACUGACUAUGCUUCGCCAUCACACUUCUCUUAUUGCUGUAUUUAUUAUGUUUUUCCAUGACCGCUUCCUUCAAUAUGGUAGGAUAACCGCUGACAGAACUGCGACUGCUCGUUACGUCGCGUUUUUACGUGUGCUGGAGUUCUACAGCGAGUACAUCUACGCGCAUCUGGUUAUACAGCGCUCGAUAUCCUUCCUUACCGUAUAAAUGCGUUCCGGAUAGCGGACGACGUCAAGAAAUGUUUUAUUUAUCAGCUUUUAGAGUGAAAGACUUCGAUGAGAAGCUUGCGAGGAGAUCUUAACGAAAGCUUUAGAAGUGCUCGAUGUGUUUGUGUUCGAAAUUCUGACAGAGUGAUGUAUAAAUAAAAUAAAUGAAAGCUCUUUACUGAUCUAACCUCAAGCAGCAGAAUAACUCUGCAGAUAUGUGCAAUGCUCUGGAUUUUGGCCAGAAUGUGGUUGUCUGUAACACAUCUCAUCUCACUUUUAAAGUCACCGUGAACGCAGCGCCAUUCGAUGUGUUGACAUCAUUUCCACUGGAACAGGAAGUCAGGGUAUCGAGUAGCUCCUCCCCAUUUUUAAAUAGCCAAUGGCGUUUAUCUUACCUCACAGCCCCGGCUAAGCCGUACUCUACAGUUAGUACUACGGAUUUGUAUAAUGUUGGGGGCGGAGCAUUUCAUAUUCUAGAGAGCAUUUGAUUGGACAGAAUAUCUGAUGAGAAGAUGAAGUGCAGAAUGAUGUCCUCACAGUUGUUGAUUCCGUGUCUGUGUUAGAAAGAGACUGUCAAUUUUGGAUGUGUAUAUCUUAAUAUGAAUUUUGUCAUGGUUUUGGAGCGCACCAGCUUAUAGCUAACCUUAAAGCGAACGUUUUCGUACUAAAAGCUACAAAACAUCAAAUUUGAUUUCGUCUGGACUUUAAGCAAUAUAGGAAUAUUUUUAUUUUCUUUCAGACAUUGCGUGGGCUAGCUUGCUUUAAAAAGAUCACGUCGUGUAAGGAGCCAGGCGAACGACCUGUCAGGCUGUCUAAAAAUGCCUAAAACCUUGCUAGCUAACUGUGAUUUCCGCACGCACCAAAUGUCACGCUUUGAUCACGUUUUUUUGGAUCGCUACGUACGUCUUAGCAAAACGGACGUUAGCCUAAUCGAUUCGGAUACCGGCUAUCGCGGUGUCCGCGAUGCUCCCGCACCAUCGCGUCGUCAUCAGAACAGAAGGCCUCAUCCACGCUCCAUACAGACGACGGAGACCAAAGGUUUAAAUGACCGAAUAAAAAGAGCGCAAGACGUUUCUCUGACAGAACAGACGUGCACGAACGGGUCAGAGAUUAUGUCCGCACAGAUGUUAGCCAGUCCCUCCAGGAUUACGUGAUUUUACGCUCACAGAAAUGAACGCAAAAUCAAGCACGCUCCGGAGUGUUCAGAGAAGCUUACCAUUUUAAAAAUCACUGCAGGUUCGGACCACAAGUCAAA